AUGAUGGAUGUGCCGCACAUGGAGGAGGUGAUCCGCAGCAGCUUCGAAGCCAUCAAGGGCAAGGGGCCAAACGACCGCAGUCUACCCCUGAGCUUCAUCCUCCGCGUUGUGGGGCUCUGGCUGGUGGACAUGACGGUGUUUCCCUCCUACUUGUCUGUUCUUCUCGAAAUCCUGUCGACAAGCUCCGGCCUGGGCCACAGCACCGUGACGACAGGAUUUCGUGAGUGGAUCGCGGACAGGACGGCGCGGCCGCACCGCAAAAGGCUCGUGAUAGGCGCCGGCGUUUUCACGGAAACGGCGGCGGUCUUGAUGGCGAGAGCUAGGGUCGCCAAGCUCGCGGUGGGGGCGGAGCUUGCGCGGUACCUUCGCGCCAAGGUUCUUGUGGCGAGAGGCGAUGAUGUCGCGGCACCGUGUGCGGCAUCCAUGACGCCCGAGACUGCAGGCCUGGGGGUUGUGUUGGCCUCCGUCUGCGAGACCAUGGAGGCUAGGAAUGCGGCGGAGGCGGGGUCGGGGACGGAGGAGGCCGCAGGGGCGGGGGCAGCAGCGGUGGGAGAGGACUCUUGCCGCAGCUGUGGCUCCCCAGCUGUCCCUGACAGCGAGGGAGUAGGCACCGAGGCAUCCCCGGGCGUGGCAGCAUCAGGUUGUCGUGAGGAGGGAGAAGAGCAGAAGCGGAAAGGGGGAGGGGAGAGAAAGAAGAAAGGGGCGUACGGAGAGGAGGUGGGGGGCUGGAAAGAGGAGAACGAGCAGGGGCGGGAGCAGGACAGGGGGGUCGAGAAGAGAGUGUCGGCCCCAGCUUUCGACGACCCGGUGGAAGGAGAGGUUACCCAAGAGUCCGUCCUCGUCGUGAAGAGCCACGUGCAGGAUCGGGAAGUCAGAGGGCGUUGCAGAGGCGGUGAUGAGGGAAGCGAGGACAAGGUUGCUCUGCUGCAGCACAUGGUGAUCGACGGCUUUGCCUCUCUGAAGACUGACCAGGACAAGCUUGUGGCUGGCCAGCGAAGCCUCGAGGACGAGCUCGGCAGACUGCGCUCCCGCCUGGAUUACCCCGUAUCCGCCACCAUGGCAAGGGGUGGCGUGAAGGGGCAUAUCGGCGAGCGGUCUGGUGUGGCGACAAAGAGAAAGACCUCGACUUCAGCAGCAGCAGUUGGAUUAGCGAUGGAUUCCACCGCCGAAGUGGGGCUCCUCGCGUUGGCCGAUCGGUUGGAUCGGACGUCUUCACUCCUGGGCUCAUUGGCGGGGGGAGCAGGGGAGACCCGGAGUGUGCCGAGCAGCCGUGGGGUCACCGUCGGCUCGGGCGUUCUCGACGUGUCGCUGGCACCCCAGGACGCGACGGAGACGUUGGCAUCGCUGACCAACGAGGCCGAACAGCCUCCAGCAUCCGGGCAGAUCCUCGCGGUGGCCGAUCGGCUGUGGAAGGUCCACGCUGCCCUGGGGGGAGCAGCGGGGGACGCAGGAGAGACGUCGAGAGCUCGGAGCGUCGUUGAGGUCACCGUCGGCUCGGGGGAUCUCGUCGUGUCACUUUCUCCCGGGGAGGCGACGGAGGCUGUGACUAGGGACGCCCCCAAGGGCGUUGAGGGGAGGGAUGACGGGGGGCCCGCAGUGGAGGUGACCCAUCAGGUGCCUGGCGAGACCCCGGUGGUCGAGGCGACAGUGGCAUCGGGAGGGCUCGUGCUGGAAGUCGACGGAGCUCAGCUGGAGAUGGUCGAGGAGAUCACGGGCGAGACCGCGGGAAGUUCGAGGGAAACGGUGACAGAUGAAGGAGAAAGAGUGGCGAGGCCGCCGGUGGCAUGGGCGGAGACUGCGGAGAGGGCCGAAAACCCGAUUGCAGCAGCCGACAAGGCGGAGGAGGGGAGCAUCAUACCGGCAGUGGAGAGCGGGGUGGCAGCGGUCGAGACGGUGGCAGUUACACCAGGAACGUUGACGAUCAAGACGAGGGAGAAGUGGUG